AUGAUCAAAGGCACGGCGCAGGCCCUCGGCCAGAUAAUGUCCACCUCAGUGGUCCAGAAGCGCCCCCUGGCUUAUCUUGCGGAGGUGCGAGAGGUUGUCAAGCUAAAAACGCUUUCUCCCAUCUCACAAGUGAGUGAUUUGAGGAUUGUUCUGCUGGGGAAGAAUAUAACAGAAAACAACAGAGUGGGAAACUUCAUCUUAGGAAGAGCAGCGUUUGAGAGUGAAGCACCUGCUGAUGUAGAGCUGAACAUUGAGAAACACAGAGGAAAACUGAAGGACAGAGACGUCACAGUCAUCAACACUUCUCACCUGCUGCAGCCAAAUCUGUCAAUCUCUCAGAUCACACAGGGAGUGAAAGAGUGUGUGAAUCUGUCUGCUCCUGGACCUCAUGUGAUCAUACUUGUACUGCAGGAGAACGACUUCAGUGACAAUAACAGACAUAGAGUGAAAUAUGUGCUGAAUGAAUUCAGUAAGGAGACUCCUAUACACACUUUAGUGUUGACUGAUGAGAGAGAGAUAAACAAUAACUGUAUUCAUCAAUUAAUAAAGGAGUGUGGAGAUGAACAUCUUCAGUUUGAUGAAAGAAAAUCAGGAUUGCACUCUGAGAUACUUGAAAGAGUGGAGAAGAUACUCAAGGAAAACCAGGUCCAGUUUCUUAUCUCUGACUUGCAUGAGGAAGCAGGAGAAGAAACAUCAGAAGAUGGAGAGAAGAGGAGAUCUGGAGGUUCAGUCACAGCAGAAGAAGCGGGAGAUUUUGAUCACGAAGAUGAUGAAAAAAUCAAACAGAGAAACAAAGAGAAAAAGGAAGUCGAUGUCCAAAGGAAAGUUUUGUUGACACGAAAGUUAGUUUAA